CACUGGCUUGGCGGACUCGGCUCGGUGGUGGUAAGGGCCGCAUUCGGGAAUUCGGCGCUUAGAACACUGCUUUGCACGUAGACCCCCGCUCCUCGUCCCCGCGGACCGGCCCCGGGUGUCCCGAGCCGGGCCCUGACAGGUGCGGCUCGAAGGGAGCGUACUGGACGCCCCCCCCGGACCCUCCUGGCACCACCCCGCCGCCAUGGCCUCCGAAUCCGGCAAGAAGCGCAAGCCCAAAGUCAUUCGCAACGACGGACCCCCGCCCGAGGGGAAGCGCAAUCGAACCGAAGCCGACCCGGACGGCAGGCACUACAGCGAAGAAGGGGAAGUGGACGUACGGGACGCCAACAAGGAUUACGAGCUGUACAAGCACACCUGCCUGGAACUGCAGCGGAUCAUGGCCGAGAUCCAAGACCUCAAGAGCAAAGGCAGCAAGGAAAAUGCCGCCGAGAUCGAGGAGCGGCGAGUCCAGAGCUGCGUCCUCUUCAUGACCCUGAAGAAGCUCAACCGCCUGGCGCACAUCCGGCUGAAGAAGGGGAGAGACCAGACCCACGAGGCCAAGCAGAAGGUGGACGCCUAUCACCUCCAGCUCCAGAAUCUGUUGUACGAAGUGAUGCACCUGCAGAAAGAGAUCACCAAGUGCCUGGAGUUCAAGUCGAAGCACGAAGAGAUCGAGCUGGUGAGCGUGGAUGAGUUUUACAAGGAGGCGCCCCCGGACAUCAGCAAGAGCGACGUCACCGUCGGGGAUCCUCACCAGCAGACCCUGGCUCGCCUGGACUGGGAACUGGAACAACGGAAAAGGCUGGCAGAGAAGUACAAAGAAUGCCUGGCCAACAAAGAGAAAAUUUUGAAGGAGAUAGAAGUGAAGAAGGAGUACCUGAGUAGCCUCCAGCCACGCCUCAAUAGCAUCAUGCAGGCGUCCCUCCCGGUGCAGGAGUACCUGUUCAUGCCGUUCGACCAGGCCCACAAGCAGUACGAGACAGCCCGGCACCUGCCCCCGCCUCUCUACGUGCUCUUCGUCCAGGCCAGCGCCUACGGCCAGGCCUGCGCCCAAAGGAAACCCUCUUCUCAGCCCCCUAGGCUGGACAAGAAGCUGUCCGUGGCCAUCGAGGGCAGCGUGGAGGAAGCCAAAGCUCUGUACAAGCCCCCCGAGGACUCCCAAGAUGACGAGAGCGACUCGGACGCCGAGGAGGAGCAGACCACGAAGCGGCGGCGGCCCACCCUCGGGGUGCAGCUGGACGACAAGCGGAAGGAAAUGCUGAAGCGCCAUCCGUUGUCCGUCAUGCUGGACCUCAAGUGUAAAGAUGCCAGCAUCCUCCACCUCACCUUCUAUUACCUCAUGAACCUGAACAUCAUGACCGUGAAAGCCAAAGUGACCACGGUCACGGAGCUGCUCACCCCCAUCAGCGCCGGCGACCUGUUGUCCCCCGACUCGCUCCUGAGCUGCUUGUAUCCUGGAGACCACGGCAAGAAAACCCCCAACCCGGCCAAUCAGUACCAGUUUGAUAAAGUGGGCAUCCUGUCGUUGAGCGAUUAUGUGCUCGAACUGGGCCACCCGUAUCUGUGGGUGCAGAAGCUGGGGGGCCUACACUUCCCCAAGGACCAGCCACAGCACACGGUGUCUGCCGACAACUCCCUGAGCGCCAGCCACAUGGAGACCACUGUGCGCCUGCUGAAGACCAGACUGCAGGCCCGCCUGGCCCUCCACAAGCAGUUCUCCUCACUCGAGCACGGCAUCAUCCCGGUGGUCAGCGAAUGCCAGCACCUCUUCCCGGCCAAGAUCGUGUCGCGACUGGUGAAGUGGACGGCGAUCCCUUACGAGGACUACCUGGAACUGCUUUACACCAAGGAUAUCGUGGAGGCCGGCCUGGCCGAGGACACCCACCUCUACUACCUGGCUCUCAUCGAAAGGGGGACAGCUAAGCUCCAGGCGGCCGUCGUGCUCAACCCGGGUUACUCCUCCGUGCCCCCCAUCUUCAGCCUGUGCCUCAACUGGAAAGGGGAGAAGACCAACAGCAACGACGACAACAUCCGGGCCAUGGAGAGCGAGGUGAACGUGUGCUACAAGGAGCUGUGUGCGCCCGGGCCCGGUUACCAGCUCCUGACCAACCAGCUGCAGCGCCUCUGCGUCGUGCUGGACGUCUACCUGGAGACCGAGAGCCACGACAACAGCGUGGAGGGCCCCAAGGAGUUCCCCCAGGAGAAGAUGUGUCUGCGGCUGGUCAGGGGCCCCAGCCGGAUGAAGCCGUUCAAGUACAACUCUCCCCAGGGUUUCUUCAGCCACCGCUGAGCAGCCCGUUGCCUCCCGCUGCCGGACUCGCCCUCACCGAGGCCCGGAUCGGGGCGGGAACCCGGGAGCCCCCCCCCCUCCGUCUCCUGCCGUGGUCAGCCUGGGUGGACCUUGGCUCCAGGGGAUGUUGAGGGGGGUGGUACCCGAAGCCAUUUUUUAGAAAGCUGUCGUAGUAAAAGCUGCCCAGAGGAUCCAUCUUGGUUGCGUGUCUGCUUAGGUGAAGGGCAGGCCCGGGGGAGGGGGUUGGAUUUGCUCCCGGCUGGAGUGGGCAGCCUCCCACCACGGAGACGGGAAAGCCGAAUCCCCAGUUGGGCAUUGAGUGUCUCCUAAGCGCCAGGUACUGAGCAUAUGGGGAAUGCAGUAAAAUGCCCGGUCCCCACCCUCAAGGAGCUAACAGUCCAGCCAGGGAGACGGGGACCGGCUAAUUUCCAGAGAGGAGGAAGUGCUCAAGUGGAAGGUUGGGUCAAUCCAUGCAUCAGUAGCGUUUAUGGAGUAAUGAUAAUAAUAAUUGUGGUAUUUGUUAAGCGUU